AUGUUCGGAAGUCGUCGGUGGCGGUUUAACGCCUCUUCGGUCUCUGCGUGCAUUUUAAGAGGAUCCUUGAACUAUGCCACUGUUAUGGGAAUCAUCUGCUUCCGCGUCAACAGAAUUGGAAGUGAUAAUCGCUUGGUGGCCAAGAAUCGAAAGUGGUACAAAUGGUUCUGCCUGAUUUCAAGGAUUGUCAUGUGUGGCCUCUACAUUCAAAUAUAUAGAAAUUUUAUGCAUGUGCUCAAUGCAUCUCAUUAUACGAUAAUCCUUAUCUUUCGUGUAUGUAUCUAUAUAGCCUGUGCCGUCUUCACCCUGGUUAUACAGUUUUGGUACGGAGAACGAGUUGUUGAUUUGGUCAACAGAUUCCUGAGGCUUUUUCAAAGGAUACACGCACUUCCAGGAUGUCAAGAUGUUGGCUUUGGCGACAAAUGGGUUCUGAUCCUGCUGCUCUUAAAGGUGAUCAGUCGCAUAUAUGAAAGUUGCUACUUGAUCCCAGUGAUGAUGCCAUUAUUGGAUUCUUAUCAUAUUUCCACCACGAUUUGCGAUUUCUAUAAUACUGUCAAUGCGUCUAUAAUAUUGCAUUUCACCUUUGUUGCAUACCUCAGCAUAGGCACCGCUUAUGACCAGGUCAACAGCUUUGUGCGACACGAACUGCGACAGCAGCUUUGUGAACUAAACUCCAGCCACGGCUUCUCAGUUAGCCGGAGGAAGCUAAAGGCCGUUGGUCACUGCCUCGACGAGUGCCUGGCCAUCUACGAUGAGAUUGCCCAAUUGGGAAACGCCUAUCACAGACUAUUUGAGUUUCCAUUAUGUAUUUUUCUAUCCUAUGGGUUUCUAAGCUUGGCGACAAUUGCUUUCAUCAUCACGUUAAAUUUAGCUGAAGGCAUCCGCCUAUGGCUACUAACGAUUCAAAUAUUAUUGGAUAUUCUAUUGCUGACUACAGCGGUUCACAUUGCAAGCAGCAACUCGAGGAAUGUUCAACGUCUCAGUUUGGAAAAUUACUAUGUCAGCGUUCAUAAAGAUUGGCAUAUGAAGCUGGAAAUGUUUUUAUGCCGUUUGAAUUAUAACGAAUUUCGAGUACGUCCUUUGGGUCUAUUCGAAGUAUCCAAUCAGCUGAUAUUGGUCUUUCUGUCCGCCUUAGCUACCUAUCUCACCUAUAUAAUACAGGUGCAGGAUAUGUACUAG